GUUACAAGAUCAGGGGAGGGGUGGGCUGUGCCAGGCAGGUGAAUUCGUCCCAAAGUGCAGCACAGAAAAAGGUGCCCCCACCUGCUUGUGACUCAACACAUGUCUGACAAGGAUCCUCUCAAAGGCACUUCCCUUGACAGAAAGACAGCAAGCAGCAGCUACACAGGCAGAAGGGUUACACAGCUGCACAGCUACAUAGAAGCUGUUUUAUGUGGUUCUCUUGGCAGAAGGCAACAUAGAGCUAUCAUGAGUGAAGGAGUGGAUAACCCCAGCUUCAGCACUGCUGGGGAGGUCUCACUAAAAACAGUUGAAAAGAAAGUUGCCACAGAAGAUGCACUAAAAGACCACCCCCAACAAGAUGGGCAUGAGGAGUUUGAAGAAGGCCCGUGUGGUUGGGGCAGCUUUGUUCCAAGUUGUCUGCAGUGCUGCAAUAAUCCCAAGGGGUAUUUAGUGAUGUACAGUUUGCUGGCUGUUAUGCAAGGUACUGCUGUCAAUGGCUUAGUGAAUGUUGUAAUUUCUACUAUAGAGAAACGUUAUGACUUGAACAGUUCUCUGACGGGACUAAUAUCCUCCAGCUAUGAUAUUGCUUUCUGUCUUCUGUCACUUUUUGUUUCUUUUUAUGGACAAAGAGGACAUAAACCAAGAUGGCUUGCCUUUGCAGCAUUAAUGAUCGGGUUAGGUUCAAUUGUUUUUUCCUUGCCUCACUUUACAAGUGGAAGUUAUCAGUAUGGAAGCAAAAAUAGUGAUUUCUGUGAAAUAUCAGGAUCUAAUAGCACUGGACCGGAAUGUGUGAACAAACAAGGCUCUUCUCUCUCAAACUACCUUUAUGUGUUUAUUCUGGCUCAGCUGCUAAUGGGAGUAGGUGGAACUCCCUUAUAUACUCUGGGAACUGCCUUUUUUGAUGAUAGCCUUCCUACACAUAAGUCAUCCUUAUAUAUAGGGAUUGCUUAUGGGAUGUCGGUUGUGGGGCCUGCAGUUGGAUACCUGAUAGGUGGACAGUUAUUAAACAUAUACAUUGAUUUUGAUAACGGAGAAAGUGUGAGCAUCAAACCAGAUGACCCACGGUGGCUUGGAGCAUGGUGGAUAGCAUUUUUAAUUGUUGGGCUGGCUACAUGGUUACUAAUUGCUCCUUUUUCUUGUUUCCCAAAACAUUUGCCUGGAACUGCAAAAAUACAGUCUGAAAAAAUAUCCCAAGCACAUAACAAUGGAAGUGAAAAUAUUGUAGAACAAAACAAUCUUGGUAAAAGCUUCAAAGAUUUUCCUUUGGCACUUUUGCUGUUGCUAAAAAACCCAGUGCUGAUGUCUUUGACAUUUGCCAGCUGUACAGAUGCUUUGAUCACUACUGGAUUUGCAACCUUUCUUCCCAAAGUUAUUGAAAAUCAGUUUUCACUGACAUCAAGUUUUUCAGCUAUUUUGGGAGGUGGUGUUCUCAUCCCAGCAGCAGCAAUUGGUCAAAUUAUAGGAGGCCUCAUUAUCUCUAAAUUUAAAAUUGAAUGUAAAAAUAUAAUCAAGUUCUCAAUCAUUUUCUCAGCCAUAUCUUUAGCACUCUGCUCAGUAUUUCUAUUUGCGAAGUGUGGAAAUGAUCCAUUCGCUGGAGUUUCUGUCCUUUAUAAUGAGACUGGAACGAUUGGAGAAGUAGAAGCUCCGUGUAAUAAUGAGUGCAACUGUGCACGCUCUUUUUAUGAUCCAGUUUGUGGAUCUGAUGGAGUUCAAUAUUUUUCUGCCUGCUAUGCAGGUUGUAUUAAUGUUACAGUUAAUGGUGACAAAAAGGUUUUUAGUAACUGCGAAUGCAUUAGAGAACGCAUCCCCAAAAUACCAGAUUUUGGAAUCGUCUUCAAUGGUUCAACCGCUUAUUCGGGAAAGUGUGAGGCAAAGUGUAAAAACCUACCCUUAUUUAUGUCAUUUUUCUUUUUUGUGGUUGUUACUACCUUUAUGACAGCUACUCCAAUCACUAUGGCCAUUUUAAGGUGUGUGCCAGACAAGCAAAGAUCAUUCGCUCUUGGAGUACAGUGGUCUUUUAUUCGACUAUUAGGUUCGAUUCCUGGACCAAUUGUCUUUGGUGUUAUAAUAGACAGUACUUGUAUUUUAUGGAAUCUGAAUGAUUGUGGGGACAAGGGAGCCUGCUGGACAUACAAUAAUACAAAAAUGUCCUACAAUUUAGUCGCUAUCAGUGCCGUCUGCAAAGUCGUCAACAUCGCUUUUCUCUUUGUAGCAUUUUGUAUCUACAAAGCCCCAGCAAACAAACCUAAAGAGAAAGAAGAAAACAACACAAUAAUCUUGUCUGCGUCCUUAUAAAUAUAUAAAAGAAUCAAAGAACCAAGGAUGAUAAUCAACUUAUUGUGUAUAGUGUAUAUAACCAGUUAAACAAAUGAAAGCAAAAAAAGAAAGUGGGGAUGUGAAUUAAUAUAUAUAGAAAUAAAGUAAAACAGUUCAAGGGUAUGUGCACUCUCACCACCAUCCUGCAACUGCCAGGGUGCUUUUAAAAACAAUGUAAUGAAUCAGCAGACUGAAGCACUCACUGGACUCUGGACAUCUCUGAACAAAAGUGAUUUAUUCGUGACGUUUCGGGACCUCAAACCGUCCCUUCUUCUGACAAAGCAACAGUGAAAAUGAACAAACUUAUAAAGACCUGUAAAUCCUCCCUCCUUCUCAUUGGCCAAUCAAACAAGGUUGUGUGCACACAUCAGAGGACCCCAAAAAAACAGUGGCCCAACUGUGCAAAAGUUAUAUAAUUACUAUAUAUAAAUGUCCAUUAGCAAAAACUGGGCUAGUGUAAGUGUUACAUAUAGUGCUAAUACAAGCAAACCUGUUACAGGCCUUUAUAAGUUUGUUCAUUUUCACUGUUGCUUUGUCAGAAGAAGGGACGGUUUGAGGUCCCGAAAUAAAUCACUUUUGUUCACAGAUGUCCAGAGUCCAGUGAGUGCUUCAUUCUGCUGCUUCAUUAUAUAAAUAAAGUAUAUAUAUAUAUAAUUAUAUACAGUAUAUAUAUAUAUGUAUAUAUAUAUAUAUAUAUAUAUAUAUAUAUAUACAGUAAAUAUAUAUACAGUAAAUAUAUAUACAGUAAAUAUAUAUAUAUAUAUAUAUAUGUGAUAAUGUAAAUUAAUAUGGACCAUUUUAAGAACUCAAUUUAUAUUAAAAAAAUACUGUAUUUUUGUAACACAUAAAUUUAGUAUUAUAUAUUUUUUAAAAGAUUACCAUCGUCUAAAAAAUAUUUUUAUAUAUUUAAUUUGGAAAGAAAAAUAGCAAAGGUUAUAUUAACCUUUGAAUUUUUAUUCCUGGUACAUUAAAGUAUUUUUUUUGUUUUCAAAAUCUUUCAGCCGCAACAGUGGAAAAAAAAUUUCAACAAAUAAUACCAUCCAUCUGUACCACCA